GCCCCACUUCAACCUGGGCUGCCCAGCUCACACUGAGCCAUCCCCAGCUGCCCCAUCAAGGGUCUUGGCAGCCAGGUUGCCACUGUGGCCAGGAUCAAGGGAUGCAAUAAAGCAUGGGUUGUUCAUCUCCAUCUGCCAUGCUGGGGUCUGCAGCAGUGGUCACCUUCUUAAGGUAAUGACCCAUGUCUCAGUUUCCCCACGUGGUCAUGGCUCCUAUUUUCCCCACCCUGGGACCAGCACUGGAGGCAUUGGGGUGAAGGAGGUGAUGAAAUGAGGGUGAGGGGAGGCCAUGUCCCACCCCUACCUUUGCCAGGCUGGGGCACAGUACACAAGGCUGGUACUUCCUGGCAAGGGCUGAGCAAGGAGCAGAGUUUUAGUCCACAUCAGUGGAAUUAUUGCUCAAGAAAGUGCUGGGCAGAGAGCAGGGCUGCUCAGUGCACGAGUGACCCCGGGUGUUCCCGAUACCCCUGUUGUCCCAGGUCCAGUGCUCAGCACUGCCUGUGGUACUCUAGGCCAGGGCAUCCCCCCUGCCUGGCACUACAGCACAGCAGCUGGGGUGGGCAACACACCUGCCAGGCACUGCCCAUCGCCUCACUGCCUCCAUCUGCACCCCAGGUCCAUCCACCCCCAGCAGCAAUAAGGUGGCGUGCCAAGGAGGUGCGCCUGCAGCCCAACCCCAUGGCCUUUGUGCUGGCUGACCCACAGGACACCUGGCUAUUGGAGACAAGUCAAACCCUUCCACACACCCUAUGAGGGCCGAUCCUGGUCCAAAGUCCCUCCCCAGAUCUGCUAGAGUUGCAGACACUGCCAGCGGUGUUGGGCUACUGGAUCUCACCAUGCAGCGCCUAGCACCCCUCACCCUCUGCCUGGGUCUCUGGGCAGGACUCAGCGCUGCUGUCAUCCCAGUGGAGGAGGAGAAGCCAUCCUUCUGGAACAAGCAGGCAGCCGCAGCCAUCCAGGCCACCUUAGAGAUCCAGCCCAGAAUAAGUGAAGCCAAAAACCUCAUCCUCUUCCUCGGGGAUGGAUUCGGGAUCCCCACCAUCACUGCCACCCGCAUCCUAAAGGGGCAGGAGCAGGGGAAGCUGGGCCCUGAGACCCCCCUUGCCCUGGAUGCUUUCCCCUACGUGGCUCUCUCCAAGACAUACAACGUGGACCGGCAGGUCCCCGACAGUGCGGGGACAGCCACAGCCUACCUCUGUGGUGUGAAAGGAAACUUCCAGACUGUGGGGGUGAGCGCGGCCGCCCGCUUCUCAGAGUGCAAUACCACAGCAGGCAAUGAGGUGGUCUCGGUGAUGGAGCGAGCCCGCAAAGCUGGGAAGGCAGUGGGCAUCGUGACGACAACAAGGGUGCAACAUGCAUCGCCCUCGGGGACCUACGCCCACGUGGUGAACCGCAACUGGUAUGCGGACGACAGCAUGCCCGAGGAUGCCCUCCGCCAGGGCUGCAAGGACAUCGCCUGGCAGCUGGUCCACAAUGUCGACAUCAAUGUGAUCUUGGGAGGUGGUCGGAAAUAUAUGACUCCUGUGGGGACGCUGGACCCUGAGUAUCCCACGCACAGCGGGGUGCGCAAGGAUGGGAAUAACCUCAUCGAGAUGUGGCUCAAGGCACGGCAGGGUGCCCGCUACGUCUGGAACAAGACAGAGAUGUUGGCCGCCGCUGCCGACCCCAGUGUGAACUAUUUAAUGGGUCUGUUUGAACCCGCGGACAUGAAGUACAACCUGAUGCGUGAUACCACCAGGGACCCAUCGCUCACUGAGAUGAUGGAGGCAGCCAUCACCAUCCUGAGCAGGCACCCCAAUGGCUUCUACCUCUUUGUGGAAGGCGGUAGAAUAGAUCACGGCCACCACGACGGUGCAGCCCAUAAGGCACUGACCGAGGCAGUGGAGUUCGACCGGGCCAUCGAGCGGGCAGGUGCCCUGACAGAUGAGGCGCAGACCCUCACAGUUGUCACCGCUGACCACUCACAUGUCUUCUCCUUUGGUGGCUAUACCCUACGUGGCUCCUCCAUCUUCGGUCUGGCCCCCAGCAAAGCCAUUGACCUGAAGAACUACACGUCCAUCCUCUAUGGGAAUGGACCGGGUUACCCGGGCACCAACCGGACCAGCAUGGACGAUGCCACAGCCAUGGAUUACCACUAUUUGCAGCAGGCAGCCGUGCCCCUCGUCUCAGAGACCCACGGUGGUGAGGAUGUGGCCAUCCUGGCCAAGGGCCCCAUGGCCCACCUCUUCCAUGGGGUGCAGGAGCAGACCUACGUGGCCCACGCCAUGGCCUAUGCCGCCUGCCUCGAGCCCUACACUGACUGCCGCCAGCGGGAUUCUGCCCCCGGCACCCGCGCCACGCCCCUGGCCCUGCUCCUGCCCACCUUCCUCCUGCCCCUCUUCCACUGACCCCAUGGCUCCACAGGCACUGCCAAACACAUGUCCCCCACUCCCCACAGCUGCAGCACCCACAGGUGGCCAGCAGCUCUUUGGAGCAUCCCUGAUCCAGAUGCAGCACCAAAUCCUGCGUGCAGAGGGGCCC